GGCGCGGUUUUGUGACGUCAUUCUGAGCUGCGCAACAGACGCGCUGAGUUUGUUAUGACACUUUUGUAACAGAGUAAACCGGAGUGGUAUUUGUUUGUCCACACUCAACCUGGAAAACCACGGGAAGCACUUGACCAGAGUCACGGCCGCACAUUCAGCUCAUAGAUGUUUCCAGCCUGUAGAUAUUCCCUCCAAGCACGGAGGUGUGUAGGUGCACUGAAGGCAGUUCAAACGGAGCAUGUCGCUCCUCAGGUGUACUCCACACGGAGUUCCUCCUCCACUGUGCCACGAAUUACCACACAUUACACAGUGUACCCCAGAAAUAAGGACCCACGAUGGGAAGGGGUGGAAAUGGAGCGCUUCGCUGAUGAGGCAGACGUUGUCAUUGUUGGUGGAGGUCCAGCCGGCCUGUCAGCAGCCAUCCGGCUGAAGCAGCUGGCCAAUCAGCAUGAGAAAGAGCUGCGGGUUUGUGUGGUGGAGAAGGCGUCUCAGAUUGGAGCUCACACUUUAUCUGGAGCCUGUCUAGAGCCCACUGCACUCAGUGAGCUUAUUCCAGACUGGAAGGAGAGAGGGGCUCCACUGAACACUCCAGUUACAGAGGACAAGUUUUCCAUUUUGACAGAAAAAUACCGCAUUCCUGUUCCAAUAUUACCAGGACUUCCAAUGAAUAACCAUGGAAACUACUUAGUUCGUCUGGGGCAUUUUGUACACUGGCUUGGGGAGCAGGCGGAGGAGCUGGGAGUGGAGCUGUAUCCAGGCUACGCAGCAGCUGAGGUGUUGUUUCAUGAGGAUGGCAGUGUGAAGGGAAUUGCAACCAAUGAUGUUGGCAUUGCUAAAGAUGGCUCUCCAAAGGAUGUGUUUGAGAGAGGCAUGGAGCUCCACGCUAAGGUCACUUUGUUUGGUGAAGGCUGUCACGGACACUUGGCCAAGCAACUCUACAAGCAGUUCAAUCUCAGGGAGAACUGUGAACCGCAGACAUAUGCUAUCGGUCUCAAAGAGCUUUGGGUCAUUGAUGAGAAGAAGUGGCGCCCAGGACGGGCAGAGCACUCAGUUGGCUGGCCUCUAAACAGGAACACGUAUGGAGGCUCCUUCCUGUACCACCUCAAUGAGGGAGAACCAUUGGUAGCCGUGGGAUUUGUUGUAGGUUUGGACUACACUAAUCCCUAUCUGAGCCCGUUCAGGGAAUUCCAGCGUUGGAAGCAUCACCCCUCUGUAAUGUCAACCCUGGAGGGUGGCAACAGGAUAGCAUACGGAGCCAGAGCCCUCAACGAAGGAGGUUCCCAGUCGAUUCCUAAAGUGACGUUCCCAGGUGGCAUGCUGAUAGGGUGCAGUCCAGGCUUCAUGAACGUGCCCAAGAUCAAAGGCACACACACAGCCAUGAAGAGUGGGUUGUAUUCUGUGAGGAACAUCAGACCAUCUUUCCAUAGCUAUUUUGGUCUCUACGGAGGGAUGGUGUACACUGGGAUAUUCUACUGGAUUUUGAGAGGAAAAGAACCGUGGACUCUAAAGCAUAAUGGUCUAGACUCUGCUCAGCUGAAGCCGGCUAAGGACUGUACACCCAUCGAGUAUCCGAAGCCCGAUGGGAAGAUCAGCUUUGAUCUGUUGUCAUCUGUAGCCUUGAGCGGGACCAAUCAUGAGCAUGACCAGCCGCCCCAUCUGACGCUGAAAGAUGACAGUGUUCCCGUGGCCCAGAACCUUGCGAUUUAUGACGGCCCAGAGCAGAGGUUCUGUCCUGCUGGUGUAUACGAGUAUGUUCCUCUCGAGACGAGCGAUGGCAUGAGAUUACAGAUCAACGCACAGAACUGCGUCCACUGUAAGACCUGUGAUAUCAAAGACCCCAGCCAGAACAUCAACUGGGUUGUGCCCGAGGGCAGUGGAGGACCAGCCUACAACGGCAUGUGAUUUCUGUAUUACAUUUCGUUUUUAUUAUUGGGCACAUCGCACAAGUUCAGAAUCGUUUUACUUAACUUUCAGGGCUAAAGCUUUUAAAGACGCGAGUCCUUCUGAUGUGCCUAAGGAGCAGAAAGUCCUCAUAUCCUGUGUGAUAUGAGCUUGAAGUGUAAUUACAUAAAGUGGCUUUGCAUAUUUCAGGUUUGAUCAAAUUGUAACAUUUGAAAUAAUUUUAUAUGUAACGUCCGUCAAAGGAAUGUCAAAAGACGAAGGAUCAUGUUGGAUUAACAACCAGUGGACGUUUUAGCUCACCAUGAUGCGGUUAACUGUAAACUGACAGUUUUGUAUAUAUUGUCAAAGUUGGUAACUGUAACUGGUAGAAAUAAAUUAAUUAUUCCA